AUGGAGGAUGUAGCUGGCCCUGGAAAUGCCGGUGGGGACCCACAUUCGUCCCCACCUCCUCCGACCAUACCCCCUAAUUUGAAGCCAGAACUAGUGGCUCCUCCUAAAUAUUCUAUUAUGAGUAGGUGUGGGACUGGAACUACUGGACAAACGAUACCGUUGCUUGCAAACCACUUUAAAGUUUCUGUGAAUGUUCCAGAUGCUGUUUGUAUUACUUCAGAAGAUAAGAUAGCUGUUGAAGGCAAGGGAAUUGGGAGAAAACUGAUUGACAGGCUUUAUCAAACAUACUCUUCAGAACUUGGUGGUAAAAAGUUUGCAUAUGAUGGGGACAAAGCUCUGUACACACUGGGUCCUCUGCCACAGAGAAGGCUUGAGUUUUCUGUUGUGCUGGAGGAGACAUUUGCAAAGCAUGAAAAUGGGAGCCCCCUGGCUGACAAACGGUCAAGACGUUCUUUUCGGUCAAAAACUUUCAACGUAGAAAUAAGCUAUGCUGCCGAAAUACCUCUGAAGUCAAUCGCUCUUGCCCUGAGAGGAGUGGAUAUAGAUAAUACUCAAGAUGCAUUGAAAGUGCUUGAUAUCAUUCUGCGGCAGCAAGCAGCUAACAGGGGGUGUCUUCUAGUACGACAAUCAUUCUUUCAUGAUGACUCCAGAAACUUUGUUGAUGUUGGAGCAGGUGUAAAGGGUGUUCGGGGAUUUCAUUCCAGUUUCCGUCCAACACAGGGUGGCUUGUCCUUGAAUAUGGAUGUAUCUACAACGAUGAUCCUAACGCCUGGACCUGUCAUUGAUUUUCUGAUAACCAACCAGGAUGUACGAGAAGCUCGCUACAUUGAUUGGGUUAAGGCCAAGAAAAUGCUGAAAAAUAUGAGGAUUAACACAAGGCACCGUAACAUGGAAUUCAAAGUAAUAGGCUUAAGUGAGAAGCCCUGUAAUCAACAAUAUUUCCCUAUGAAGUUAAAAAGUGGCAAUGGCACAACUGAGGGACAGACUGUGGAGAUUACUGUGUAUGAGUAUUUUACUAAGCACUGUGGUGUAGAACUCACCUCUUCCCAAUACAUGCCAUGCCUUGAUGUUGGCAAGCCAAAAAGGCCCAACUAUCUGCCACUGGAGCUCUGUUCGCUUGUUUCACUACAACGGUAUACAAAGGCUUUAUCUUCAAUGCAGAGGGCAUCCUUAGUUGAAAAAUCAAGGCAGAAGCCUCAUGAAAGAAUACGAACUGUGACUGAUGCAGUGAAAAAAUACCAGUAUGAUGAUGAUCCUAUGCUUGCUACAUGUGGUAUUUCUAUAGAGAAGCAAUUGACUCAGGUCAAUGGCCGUGUUCUCGAGACUCCGAAGUUAAAGGUUGGUAACAGUGACGACUGCAUCCCUCAUAAGGGACGAUGGAAUUUCAACAAUAAGCUUAUUGAACUUAAUUCUGCUUGCAAUUCCCUAAUCUACCAGACACUUUUCAACCCUACUCGCAUUGACCGUUGGCUUGUUGUCAACUUCUCUGCACGCUGUGAUACCAGUCAUAUCUCACGGGAACUUAUCAACUGUGGGAGGAAGAAGGGCAUUUUUAUUGAGCGUCCCUUUACAUUACUUGAAGAAGAUCCACAAUGUAGAAGACAAAGCCCUGUUGCAAGAGUUGAAAAGAUGUUCGAACAGAUUCUAGCUAAGCUUCCAGGGGAACCUCAAUUCAUUCUUUGUGUCUUACCAGAGAAAAAAAAUUGUGAUAUAUAUGGACCUUGGAAGAAAAAAAGUCUUAGUGAGUUCGGGAUUGUCACACAAUGCAUUUCCCCUUCCAAGAUUAAUGAUCAGUACCUGACAAAUCUUGGAGGUAUAAAUUCUUUGUUGGCAAUAGAGCACUCCUCAUGUGUUCCUCUGGUUAAUGAUACUCCUACAAUGAUUCUGGGGAUGGAUGUCUCUCAUGGGUCUCCUGGUCGCUCAGAUAUUCCUUCUGUUGCUGCGGUUGUUGGCUCUCGAAGCUGGCCACUUAUUUCAAGGUACAGAGCAGCUGUUAGAACACAAUCUCCUAAGCUAGAGAUGAUUGAUGCUCUGUACAAGCCACUUGAAAAUGGAACUGAUGCUGGUAUUAUCAGGGAACUGCUUGUGGACUUCUAUAAAACAAGCAACGGACGUAAACCAACUCAGAUUAUUGUCUUCAGGGACGGAGUCAGCGAAUCACAAUUUAAUCAAGUCUUGAACAUCGAGCUGGACCAAAUCAUAAAGGCUUACCAGCACCUUGGGGAGGUUGAUGUUCCAAAGUUUACUGUGAUUGUUGCUCAGAAAAAUCAUCACACGAAGCUAUUUCAAACCGGGGGUUCCACUGAUAAUGUUCCACCUGGGACAGUUGUGGACACAAAUAUUGUGCAUCCAAGGAAUUAUGAUUUCUACAUGUGUGCUCAUGCAGGAAUGAUUGUAAGCACCCGCCCCCUUACCCAUUGUUUCAGAGGAACUUCGCGGCCAGCGCACUAUCAUGUCCUGGUUGAUGAGAUUGGAUUUUCUCCUGAUGGCUUGCAAAACCUAAUCCACUCCCUUUCUUACGUGUAA